UCUCCAGGGACCCUUUUGUUUCGCUAUUGAACAUAAGCACCUUGUGAGCCUUGUGUGAGCUUCAGAGGAAAGCUCAUCUGAAAGAGAGUGAAAGCUGUCUGUCUGCCCCAAGGGAUCUGAGAUGUCCAGGUCUUUUUAUGUCGAUUCUUUGAUCAUAAAGGACUCUCCAAGACCUGCUCCACCUUUACAUGAUCAUCAUCACCACCACCAUCACCACCAUGGACAGGACUUCUUUUUGCCCAUCGGCAUGCCCUCCCCUCCACUUAUGUCUGUGUCUGCUCCUGUGUGCCCAUCCAGGAAAAGUGGCAGCUUCUGUGUGUGUCCCAUCUGUGUCAGCUCUCACCUGCACUCCUCCAGAAGCAGCAUCCCCCUGCUCAAGAGCCAGUUCCAAGGUGGAGGAGAUGCCCAGUAUUGCCAAAGGAUGAGCCAGCAGCCCACCCCAGCCAUGGUCCACCCGGCACACCCGACUGUCUGCAGUCCUUCAUACAACGUGACGGAUCCUCGCAGAUUCCACUGUCUGUCAAUGGGAAGUGCAGAAAGUGGCCAGAUCCAGAAUGGGAAGAGGAUGAGGACAGCAUUCACCAGCACCCAACUCCUGGAGCUAGAGAGGGAAUUCUCCUCCAACAUGUACCUGUCCAGACUCCGGAGGAUUGAAAUCGCCACCUACCUGAACCUGUCCGAGAAGCAGGUGAAGAUCUGGUUCCAGAACAGGAGGGUGAAGCACAAGAAAGAGAACAAGGGGGCUCAGAGGAGUACCCAUGGGGGCUGUAAAUGUGCCAGCGGCCAGACUCAUUACCCUGGCUCAGAAGAUGAAGCUUCCCUAUCCCCAGCAUCCACCACUGAGGACAAGGACAUCUCACCUUUAUAGAAGAUGUCACCUACAAACUGUCCUGAAGUCACCCUGCACCUGCCUCUAUAGAAAAGAGACUGGACUCCAAUAGCUGUUGAGGAAAUACAAGUGCAAGCAGCUGAUCCAGAGGACUUGCAGUUCCAAAACAGGCUGGAGAAUGUGUGUGUAGGAGCAUGUUAUAAUCAGGGCUGUCUUAAUGAGAGGGCACACCUGGGCACUGCCCACGGGCCCUAAUUGCAUGAGGGGCCCCUGCAC